GAAGGUGGGGGAUAUAUAAGGGGGAGAAGACACAGUAAAGUGGUUAGGGCGUAAUAGAAAAUACAAGCCGUAGAAGAGGGCUCUCGCUGGCGCUUCGUAUUGGUGCGGUGUGGGGGAGAAGCAAACACUCUAUCCAUCCUUUACGACCAAGGAUUCCCGAUGGAUCGGUACCAGAAGGUGGAGAAGCCAAGGGCAGAAACGCCAAUCGAUGAAAACGAGAUCCGUAUCACAAGUCAGGGCAGGAUGCGCAACUACAUUACUUAUGCCAUGACCUUGCUUCAGGAAAAGGGUUCCAAUGAAAUUGUCUUCAAAGCAAUGGGUAGAGCUAUCAACAAAACUGUGACAAUUGUGGAGUUGAUCAAGAGGAGAAUUGUGGGUCUCCACCAGAAUACACAAAUUGGAUCCACUGACAUUACUGAUACUUGGGAGCCCCUAGAGGAAGGCCUCCUUCCUUUGGAGACAACAAGACAUGUAUCAAUGAUAACAAUAACCCUUUCUAAGAAGGAAAUCAAUACAUCAUCUGUGGGGUAUCAGCCUCCAUUACCAGCUGACCAGGUGAAGGCAUCUGCUGAUUUUGAUUAUGAGGGAGAGAGUUCACCAAAUGGCCGAAUUCGAGGUCGUGGGGGCCGAGGAAGAGGAAGGGCCAGAGGUAAUGGUUUUAUUUCAGCUGAUUAUGAGGAUGGAGGUUGGGAUCGCAACAUGGGAAAUCCCAGGGGGGGAAGGGGCAGAGGAAGAGGAAGAGGACGUGGUUUCCGUGGUCGUGGAAGGGGAGGAUACAAUGGACCUCAGCUUGAUAUGCAGCAAGAUGGUGGAUACAACCAAGAUGUACCUCCUCAAGGACGUGGUCGUGGCCGUGGCAGGGGUGGUUAUCGUGGAAGGGGUCGUGGCUUUAGAUCCAAUGGGCCAAUCCAGGCAGCUGCUUGAGGCAGCCGAUUGGCCACCUUCAGUGCACCGUUCAUGAUUUGAUUGGAAGAAUACGUUGUCCAAUGUUAUGUUUUGAUUUUAACUUAUUUCUUCAAUUUUCCCCAUUUUCUUACAGUUUCAGUAGACUUAGUUGGAGGCUGUUGCUUUAUGAAGCAGCCUUCAUGUUUUAGACCUAGGUUUAGAUGCUUGAAAAGUUGUACCUCUGUUAAGGCCCUGAAUCUCAUUCUUUAAUUUAUAUUUGCUAGAGAUGUGUUUAAACUACA